UAUCUGCAUCCGUCUUUCUUUAUUUGUUUAUGCACUUUCCAUUCCCCUCUCUCUCUCUCUCUGAAUUGUAGUUUGUUUUUUAGUGCUGUUGUGUGAUUUGAAGGAGAAUUUUUAAAGGGGUGGUUUUAGAAUUCUGUGACUGACGUGUCCUGGGUCACCGUGCCCUCCCUAGGAUUCCGCUGGUAGUGUUUGUGUGCAAGAAAACAGAUAAAGUUGGUUGCUUUAUUGGAAUACGAUGAAACUUGGAGCUGCCCUUUAUUCCUCUUGUUAGUUUUUAAGCUUGGCCUAUUCUGGGUCUGUGAGUGCUUCACCCGAAAGUUUCAAUUUUGGGAACUUCCAUUUCUGGUUUGUUAAUUACCAGUUGCCUUUUGAGUGAACCCAAGUUUUCAAGUCCAGGCUUCCUUCUUCUCUCUCACGUUUUGGGCUUUGUUGUCUGCCAGGUUCCUGGUUACUUCUAUAUAUCAUCAUGGAUUCCCCACAAUCUGUUGUUUCACCCUUCAGAAGCUCAGUUUUGGGUGAGGGUGAGAAGCACAAGUCUGAAGUUUUCUCGGGAAACUCUAGUCCCUUGUCCAAGGACAUUGAAGUGAAUGGGAAGGAAGUUGUCAUGUCAAAUGUAGAGGAGUAUCUUGGAGUGCUUGAUGUUUACAUACAUCAGGCCAGGGACAUUCAGAACAUCUGCAUAUACCACAAGCAAGAUGUUUACGCUAGGAUUUGCCUGACCAGUAAUCCUGAGAACACUGUGUCUACCAAAACCAUCAAUGGAGGAGGAAGGAACCCUGUGUUCAAUGAGAAUCUUCAAGUCAAUGUUAGAACUGUUGAUGCUUCUCUCAAGUGUGAGAUAUGGAUGCUUAGCAGGGUGAAGAAUUAUCUUGAAGACCAGCUGCUUGGUUUUGCUUUGGUGCCUUUGUCUGAAGUUCUAGUCCAGAAUGGGAAACUGGAGAAAGAGUUCUCUCUUUCUUCAACCGAUCUAUUCCAUUCUCCUUCAGGUUUUGUUCAGUUGACACUGUCUUACAAUGGUGCUUCACCUGAUGUUAUGGCAAUUUCUGCAAUGCCAAGCAAGGUGGCCACAGAUGCCCCUGUGCAGGAUUCGGAAACAUCCGAAUCUCUGGCCCGGGAAUUUGACAAAAUUGAGUUCCCGGAUCCGAAGAUUGUGAAUGAAGACCACUUGAUGGUUUCAGAGUACUUUGGCAUUCCAUGUGAGGAGACUCAGUGCUCUGAUAGCUUGGCUACUUCUGAUGCCGAAAAUCGCAGUUGCGAAGCCGGUGUUCGUCUUGUGGAAAGCUUCUCAGCAUGCAGUGGUGAGUCUGUUCAGCCACCUAAGGUUGAUUCCCCACCCAGCAGUGUGUCAACAAAUGGGGUUUCUUCCCCUUCUGUGCCUGCAAGCUCAGAAUCAUCUGAUGCUGCUGCUUCGAAGUCUCCCAUUCAGGAGCAGGUUUCAGGCACCAAAGAGGACAAAAAUGUGGAAGCCAAAGAUGGUGACAGUGAUUCCUCAAGUGGGGUUCCUAGUGACUCAUUCCCUAAGCCUGUUGUGACUGUGAACAUUGAGCCUGAGCCAAAGGUGGUGCAGCAGGAUAUAGUGGACAUGUACAUGAAAAGCAUGCAGCAAUUUACUGAGUCACUUGCAAAAAUGAAACUCCCUAUGGACUUCGAAAGUGAACCAACUAGUUCAGGAAAUUCAACCACUGAGCAAAAAUUACAGCCAUCAAAGAGCAACAAUUCCCGUGUGUUUUAUGGUAGCAGAGCUUUCUUCUGAUCUUUUGCUUCCCUUGUUCAAGGGGAUUCGGGCAGUCACUGUAGAUUUUAGAAGAAAACUGAUGUUAGUAGUGAAGUGAAAUAAUGUACUAUUCUGUGUGGUUUCCCCUUCUGUAUUUCAUCACAUGUUGUUGUAGGUUACAGGGAAUAUAACUUUGUACUCUCACAAGCUUGUUGCUAUCUUAACUGCUACAUGAACUCUUGUGUUACCUUCUUCCUUUGUCAUCGUUCUUUUGUUUUGAAUGACAAUAAUUGUGAAACCGGA